GAAAGCCGUGCUGGCAUAUCACUCUUAACUAUUUUCAUGUGAAUUCACUUGUAUAGGAACUUGAAGGCUGUGUGAAACUAAAGAUUAAUGUGUUUGCUGGUGUUGAAGCUGCUCUCGUUUGGCCAUCUGAUGCCCAUGAUAUGCGCAGGACUGGACCUUGCAUUUAUCAACACCAUAAGAAUGACUUCCUCUGGUUGCUACCAACCAUCACCAAGGGCAAUCACAAGUGUCUGACUCAUCUGGUCCAGUCUUGUGCUGUCCCCGUCAACUGUAGGAGCACAGAGAAUGGAACCACACUGCAGUGUUGCAGCUCCACUCAUCAGAGCUAUAGAAGACCAGAGUAUCUUCCUCCUCCACAACUCCUCCAGAUGUCAGCCACUGAGACCUUGCUGGCCAUGUUGGUAAUCCGUGAGGAGCAGAGAAAGGUGUCUCCAAAACUAGCAAACAAACCUGAGUCCAGUGAGGUGGUGAAGAGGAUGAUAGUGUCUCUCUCUGGUGAUGGUUCCCUCCCUCCGGACACUCUGGAGCACCUCACACCAGAACUACUCACUAUAGGAUAGAGCUAAAUCUUACCACUGCUGCCAUAGCAACAUGCAAGCGAGACACAGGACUGGUGAGGAACUUGAAGGCUGUGUGAAACCAAGGAACAAUGUGUUUGCUGGUGAUGAAGCUGCUCUCGUUUGGCCAUAUCUGAUGCCCAAGCGCAGGACUGGACCUUACGUUUUAUCAACACCGUAUUAAUGACUUCCUCUGGUUGCUACAGACCAUCACCAAGGGCAAUCACGAGUGUCUGACUCAUCUGGUCCAGUCUUGUGCUGUCCCCGUCAACUGUAGGAGCACAGAGAAUGGAACUACUGUUCUCUAUGUAUCGAGCUACUUAGAUACAAGACCUGGCGACAAUGGCUGAGGGAGGAUAGUGAUGUUGCUUACCCACUCAGUCAUGUGACAUGUAGAUCUAUAAAGGAAUGGUGUUAGACUGCAGUGUUGGAGCUCCAUGCACUCACCAGAGCUAGAAGACCAGAAUGAUGCCGAGUAUCUUCCUCCUCCACAAUUAACUCCUCCAGAUGUCAGCCACUGAGAUUUUGCUGGCCAUUUUGGUAAUCCGUGAGGAGUAGGUCGUACUGGGGAGGAAGAUGUCUUCAAAACUAGCAGACAAACCUGAGUCCAGUGAGGUGGUGAAGAGGAUGAUAGUAUCUCUCUCUGGUGAUGGCUCCCUCCCUCCGGACACUCUGGAGCACCUCACACCAGAACUACUUACUAUAGGAUAGAUCUAAAUCUUACAACUGCUGCCAUAGCAACAUGCAAGCAAGACACAGGACUGGUGAGGAACUUGAAGGCUGUGUGAAACCAAGGAACAAUGUGUUUGCUGGUGAUGAAGCUGCUCUCGUUUGGCCAUAUCUGAUGCCCAAGCGCAGGACUGGACCUUACGUUUUAUCAACACCGUAUUAAUGACUUCCUCUGGUUGCUACAGACCAUCACCAAGGGCAAUCACGAGUGUCUGAUUCAUCUGGUCCAGUCUUGUGCUGUCCCCGUCAACUGUAGGAGCACAGAAAAUGGAACCACAUGAGUUGCAUGGGUAUAUUAGAGGGGAUUUGUAUAUGGUAUGGGUAUGAAUACCGUAUAGCGGGUAAUUUUCGAAGGCUAAUAGCUAGUUUCACAAGUUUCACCAAUCUGCGAAAAUUCCUUUUCAAUAUAGAAGUCCACAAAAAACUGCUGUCCUUAAAAAUUAUUGUCACGAAAUUCACAAAGAUGACCAAUCCGCGAAAAAUAUACCCUCGAAAUUACCUCCUAUACGGUUUAUAGCGGGGAUUGCCAUCCACCCCACAGAUAUCACCAAGAAAAAUUAAUGAACAUGCAUAAUAAUUAUUGCUGCAAUCAGUUUUUUUUAUUAAUUUUUUUUAGGUUUAGCAAUUAAUGCAAGGAUACAACAAAUAGCUAUAAAGCUAGGGUGAAGAGUGUCCUAUAAUAUAAAAAUUAAAACAUUAAAACCCAGUUCACAUAUAAUAAUUAAAUGCCUUGCACAAUAAUUAUAAUUAUAGGACUGUUUGUUUGUGUCUAUAAUUAUCACUCUUAAAGCAACCUACUU